AUGUGUGGAAUAGGAAAAAUUCGUCAAGGACAGCCAAGAAAGCGUCGACGGCGACGUCAGGAUCUGGCUCUGGACUACCAUCAUUUCUACGGUCAAGAUCCAUCAAAAGUGUCAUCUGGGUUCCACUUAAUCCACGCGGAGCACAUCCGUCAGUUAUCUGACGACAGCAGCCUGGUUAACGAAAACGUGGGAGCAUCCGACGAGCUGCUGAUGAUCCAGGUUCGGCCCUUGGUCAAGGUCAAAGAGCUGACGGAAGAUUCAGUGAAAGGACCACCAGUAGAAAUGAUCCUGAAAGCUACAAGUCACUUGUCGGAAGCAAAGCCUCCUAGACCGACACCAACGACGGACUGCCCGGCGGAUUUUCAGGCUGAAAUCCGGAAGAUCUUGAUAACUUUAGUCGAAGCAUCAGCUAAAAUUCUGAUGAACAGUCCGGAGGCUUCAACGCUUUAUGAAAUAAUCCGGGAGACCUUGGAGCUGCGUUACAGGCCUCCCUACGACCCGAAGACGGUAAAGUACCUGACGGAGAUCGGGUUCUCGGAAGCAAAAGUGCUCCGGGCGUUGAGAAUCUGCAAAAUGAACGUCUCGGAAGCUCUCGAGUGGCUGAUUGAGCACCAGGAGGACCCGGAUGACUGCGACAAUGAUGACUACUUGUCUCUCCCCUCGAUUCAGGCCGACGGGGAGCCCAAAGUCGAGCCGGAAAAAGGAGCAGGGCCCAGCUCUGGCUCCCCGACUGGAAACAAGUCUGGAAGCUCCAGGAGGAAGAGCAUCAAGGAAGCCUGCUUCGACAUCAUCAAAGGCUCCAAGGACUCUGGGAAGAAAGACACCAACCUGGUGUACAUUGUCGGGCUGCUACUCCAGAGUUUUCAUCAGUACAAGCAGCUAGAGUUCCGUCCGAACCACAAGAUCAAGGAGUCCUUGAUAGAAAUGGGCUUCCAGGAGAAAAAUGUUGUUGAAGCGCUCAAGAUCACCGGGAAUAAUCAGUUCAAUGCUUGCGAAUGGCUCCUCGGGGUCAGGAAUAAGAAUUUACAUGAUGUUGAUCAGGGCCUGGAUACUGAUAGUCCCAUUUACAAGGCUAUUAUGACCAAUCCUCAUAUUCAGCUGAGUCUUACUAAUCCAAAGAUGCUCCUGGCUUAUUUGUCUAUUCUAGAGACUCCUUCGUCCACCAGCAUUUGGAUUAAUGAUCCGGAGGUCUCUCCGGUUUUGAGCCAGAUUUUUAAGACUUAUCAUGCGGAGAAACACGCUAUUCAUAUGAAUAGAUAUGAAAAUUCAGAUAGUUAA